AUAAAAACAAAAAGAAAGAUGGUAAAUGGAUUGCUUUUUGGAAUGGAGUACAUUUAAUUAAUGUUGGCGGAUAUCAUAAAGAAGGAUAAAAGUAUGGAUUAUGGAAAGAUCUAUUUCCAAACUAUUAGAGGUAGAAUAUUAUUAUUUACAUUAUGAAUAGUACAGCAUAAAUUUUUGAGAUUGGAGAAUAUCAUAAUGACUUUAGAAUUGGAAGGUGGAAUUAUAUUUCUUAAGAUGGGAAAAUGUAUUUAACAUUACAAUAAUUUAGUGGUGGUGGGUCUUACAAUAAAGAGGGUUGGAAGUUAGGCAAAUGGAUUGAGCUAGAUGAAGGAUUUAAUGAUGAUAAAAAAGUUACUUAUCAUGGUGAAUAUAAUAUAAAUGGUAUGAAAGUAGGUAGAUGGGAUAUUAUGUAUUGUAAGUAUAAUGAGAAGGAAUAUAAAUAAAUGUAAAGAUUAUAGAAUUUAUAAGAUUAUUUAAAUAUAUAGUGGGGGUGGAUCAUAUGAUUAAGAAGGAAAUUAGAAGAAGAUUGGAAAGUGGGUAGAAUUAGAUGAAGAGUUUUGUUGUGAUAGUGAGUACGUCAAAUAAAUCACCUAUAAUGGUCAAUAUAAUAUGAAUGGUAUGAAGGUAGGAAGAUGGGAUAUAAUGUAUUGUAGGAAAUGGGAGAUGAAAUAUACAUACAUGUAAAGAUUAUAGAAUUUACAAGAUUAUUUAAAUAUAUAGUGGUGGUGGAUCAUAUGAUUUAGAGGGAAAUUAGAAAAAGAUUGGAAAGUGGGUAGAAUUGGAUGAAGAGUUUUGUUGUGACAGUGACUUUGUCAAAAAAAUCAUUUAUAAUGGUCAAUAUAAUAUGAAUGGCAUGAAGGUAGGAAGAUGGGAUACGAUGUAUUGUGAAAAUGAAGAAUAUCAAUAAAGGUAAAGAUUAUGUAUUUACAAGAUUAUUUAAAUAUAUAGUGGUGGUGGAUCAUAUGAUUUAGAGGGAAAUUAGUAAAAGAUUGGAAAGUGGGUAGAAUUGGAUGAAGAAUUUAAUUAUUGGAAAUAAGUCACUUAUAUUGGAGAAUAUAAUAUGAAUAAUAUGAAGGUAGGGAGAUGGGAUACGAUGCAUUGUGAAAAUGAAGAAUAUCAAUAAAUGUAAAGAUUAUGUAUUUACAAGAUUAUUUAAAUAUAGUGGUGGCGGAUCAUAUGAUUAAGAAGGAAAUUAGAAAAAGAUUGGAAAGUGGGUAGAAUUGUUUGAAGGAUUUUUCUGUUAUGCUAAAGUCAUUUAUAAUGGUGAAUAUAAUAUGGAUGGUAUGAAAGUUGGUAAAUGGGAUAUUAUGUAUUGUAAAAGGGAAGAAUAAGAAUAUAAAUAAAUGUAAAAAUUAUUUAUUUAUAAGAAUAUUUAAAUAUUUAUAUAGUGGUGGUGGAUCAUAUGAUUAAGAAGGAAAUUAGAAAAAGAUUGGAAAGUGGAUAGAAUUGAAUGAAAGAUUUUAUUAUUCAAGUGAAUCGCAUUUCAAUUAAAUCAUUUAUAUUGGUGAAUAUAAUAAUAACGGUCAAAAAGCAGGUAUUUGGGUAGAAAUUGAUAUAUACUUUAAUAACAAAAUAGGAGAAAAGAGAUAUGAUGAUUGAUAGAAUUAGUAAUGAG